GCUAGUGCAGCUACUGGCAGUGGUAAUUGGGCGCAUGCACUGCUGCUUCCUCUCCUAUACAGAAAGGGAGUGGCGGCCACUGGCAGCUUCAGAGCCAUUGGCGUUAGGGCCUGUGAAUGGCUUGCUCUUUGCACCUGCAGACACUUGCAAGAAAGGUGCAACACCCACUCUUCCAGCAUUCUCAGCGGCCGGUGUGCAGAAGCACUUAUCUUGGGGGCAUCCCGCACGUUAUUGAAAACCUGCACAGGUCUAUCCUGCACCCACAUGAAGCUUUGAAGAAGUCAGCCCAAAAGGCGGUGUUCGGACACUUCUUUGCAUACAAACCCGAAACGCACCAUAAGAAGGGCAGUCUAUCUCAAACGGGAGUGUCCAAAAGAAGUCUUCUCGGUUCUGGUGUUCGUGCAAUGGCUUCCUCGUCAAGUGGAGCUGCGACAGCUGUUCAGGCAGUGUUCAUCUUUAUGCAUGGGCUUGGAGACAGCGGGGAUUCAUGGGAGGGGAUAACGUGGGACUUCAAAGACCCAGAGUUCAGGAAUCUCAAGUGGGAGUUUCCAAAUGCGCCAAUUGCCCCUGUCAGCUGCAACGGUGGCUAUCGGAUGCCCUCCUGGUUUGAUCUGCUCGAGAUCCCGAUUACUCCGGCGUCCCCUCAUACCAGUGACAAGGAAUUGCUAGCGGCAAUCCACCGAGUACAUGCAAAGGUGGACAAGUACAAGGCCUCUGGAGUCCCCGCCUCUUCGAUCUUCCUGGGAGGGUUCAGCCAAGGAGGUGCGCUGGCACUGGCCAGCUCCCUCCUGUACCCCGAAACCUUAGGGGGAGCUGUGGUGUUCAGCGGCUGGAUCCCUUCUCAAGAAUUGCAAAUAACGGAAGGCGGGAAGAAGACGCCCAUUUUGUGGUGUCAUGGAGAUGCAGACAACGUUGUGGAGUAUGCCAACGCGCGGGUUGGGUGCCCGCGGUUACAGGCUGCAGGGGUUUCCUGCGAACUGAAGACGUACCCCCGGAUGGCGCACAGCUCAUGCCCGCAGGAGAUAGCUGACCUGAAGUCGUGGCUGAAGGCCCAAUUGACCAGCCAAGUAACAACAGUGUAGCACCCAGCUUUACUUUGAGUUGCUUUACGGCGCAUCGUUCACGAUGCAAGCACAGGGCCUAAGGUAGCAUCAAACGGUCAGAUCGAUGGUCUACAUUCUUAAACACGAUCUGAUCGGCUGAAACGGUGCGAGAUUGUCCGCGGGCUAUUACGAAGUUCAAACGAUGUGAGUCCCUUAUGUUAGUAGCGGUCCAGUGUUGUGAAGAGCCUUCAGAGGCAUUCAGUGCUAGAGACCGAUAUGGUUCUCAGAUUAGCCUGGACGAAAUGAUCAUGAAAGACAUAUCUGGCCGCCAAAGAGUUGGCAUCCCGAGCUUGUGAUUGCUUGGAUACUUACAUUGAACGAGC